UCCACUGACCUGCUGUUCUUUCCUGCUUUCCUCUUGCGUUUUUUUUUCCACAUUUAGAUUAAAAACAAAGCUCUCACUCUCUCCUCCCUACCCCACUCCUCCUACUCCUCCUCCUUCUUCCUCUCCUUAUUUCUGCUGCAGCAGUCAAGGCUUUAGUGUGUCAGAGAGACAGGGUGAAGAGGAGGAAAAAGAAGAGAAGGGGACUAUUUGGUAGAGCUGAGUGAGUGUUUAUGUUUGUAUGUUUCGCCAUUGGACUGCUGGGUGAAAGGGCUCAAGGACAAGACACAAGAAGAGUAGGAAGAGGAAGAGGAGAAGAAGUAUAAGAAGGGAGCUUGCAAGGACUGAAUUCUCUGUGUCAUAUCAGUACGUGUGGACCUGGACUGAUCCCAAGCUGAGAAAAAAGGGGGACUGACACCAAGACAACGAGGAGGAGUAGAGAAAGAGGAGGAGAAACUCUGACUUGGGUUUCACUAGGGAAAGGCGAAGGAGGAAGAAGGAGGCAAAGUCUAGUGCUUUCUUUUAUCAUGACCCUGUUGGAUAAACGAGCCGACGGAGCGAGGUUUCAUCUGUUGUGUGUCAGCGGGAAUUUGCGUUAGAAGAUAAGGACAGAGAGCAACAAGGAGGAGAGAACCCAGGGAAGGAGCAGGGACAGUACUUACUGAGUAUCAGAGAGUCUGGGUUUGUGUGUCUGUGUGUGUGGUGGUGUAACCAGGUGGAAGGCAGAGGACUGGAGGGCCAGGGCAGUAACCUGGCCAUCAAACGGACUGGAAGCCUCUCCUCUCCUGGGAUCAUGUACCCUCAGGGCAGGCAUCCGGUCCCCUUGCAGCCUGGCCAGUCUUUCAAGUUCACAGUCCUGGAAACUCUGGACAGAAUCAAGGAGGAAUUCCAGUUCCUCCAGGCUCAAUAUCACAGCCUGAAGCUGGAAUGUGAGAAGCUGGCCAGUGAGAAGACGGAAAUGCAGAGGCACUACAUCAUGUACUAUGAAAUGUCCUACGGUCUCAACAUUGAGAUGCACAAACAGGCAGAGAUUGUCAAACGACUCAGUGCCAUCUGUGCUCAGAUCAUCCCUUUCCUCUCUCAGGAGCACCAGCAACAGGUGGUCCAAGCAGUGGAGAGGGCCAAACAGGUCACCAUGGCUGAACUAAAUGCCAUUAUUGGGCAGCAGCAGCUCCAGCACCUGUCUCACCACGCCCCCGGCAUCCCCCUGACGCCGCACCCAUCAGGUUUGUCCUUGGGUGCGGGGAGCUCGGGGCUUCUGGCACUGACUGGGGCCCUUGGAGUCUCCGCCCACCUCGCUUCCAAAGAUGAGCGAAACCAUCUUGAUCCAGAACAUCUCAGAGAGGGAGCCCCCAGCAGGAGCAAGUCGGUGUCUUCAACAGACAGUCAGCCCACCGAGGAGCACCAAGGACCGUCAGGAGGAUACUCCGCCUUGCAGGGUGGGGCGGAGGCCAAGAGGAGGCGCUGUGAUGACAAAGAGCCACUCCCGACACACUCCUAUGACAGUGAUGGAGACAAAAGUGAGGACAAUCUUGUGGUGGACGUCUCCAAUGAGGAACCUAACUCUCCCACUGGCAGCCCGCCUCAUUCACCCCAUGGGAAUGGGCUGGACCGGGCACCAACCCUAAGAAAAGAGCUGCCUGGCUCCUCGAGCACAGGUGAGGCACCUUCCACGCCAAACCCCCGCAGCCCCACCCCAGGAAAGGCCAAGGACCCUGCACAGAUGGAUAAGUCUCAGUCUCCACUGUCCAAGUCUGGCACCCCAUCCCCAUCCCACCGUGAGGCUCUUACCCCAGGAUCAACAGGAGCUCCAGGCCCCAGCACCUCCUGCCUUCGCCUGGUCAGCAAAGCAGCAACAAGUGCAGACCCACUUGCUCUCCGCAGUCCCAUGUCUGUGCCCCCCGGUUCAUACCCGGCUCAUUUUGGCGUCGUGUCCCACGCAGGAUUGAACGGGGAGCUGGCAAGCCCAGGGGGAUUCGGAGGAGCUCUGACUCUCUCUCCACAGAUCAGUGCAGCAGCCAGCGCCUACUCUCGCAGCCCCAUGGUGGCAUAUGACUCUCGAUCUCACCUAAGAGCACCGGGGCUGUCCUCAUCCCUCCCAGGUUCCUCUGGUGGCAAACCCGCCUACUCGUUUCACGUGAGCGCUGAUGGCCAGAUGCAGCCGGUGCCGUUCCCCCCGGAUGCCCUGCUUGGCCCAGGGAUCCCGCGUCAUGCCCGUCAGAUCCACACACUGAGCCACGGAGAGGUGGUGUGUGCUGUCACAAUCAGCACCUCCACACGCCACGUCUACACCGGAGGCAAGGGCUGCGUCAAGGUGUGGGACAUCAGCCAGCCGGGCAGCAAGAGCCCCAUGGCCCAGCUGGACUGCCUGAACAGGGAUAACUACAUCCGCUCCUGUAAAAUCCUCCCCGACGGUCGAACCCUGAUCGUUGGAGGCGAGGCCAGCACGCUGUCGAUCUGGGAUUUGGCCACGCCGACUCCCCGCAUCAAGGCGGAGCUGACGUCGUCUGCACCAGCUUGCUAUGCCCUGGCCAUUUCCCCUGACAAUAAGGUCUGCUUCUCCUGCUGCAGCGACGGCAACAUCGUUGUCUGGGACCUGCACAACCAAACAUUAGUGAGGCAGUUCCAGGGCCACACAGAUGGAGCCAGCUGCAUCGAUAUCUCCAAUGAUGGCACCAAGCUCUGGACAGGAGGGCUGGACAACACGGUCCGCUGUUGGGACCUCCGAGAAGGCCGGCAGCUACAGCAGCAUGACUUCACCUCACAGAUCUUUUCCCUGGGGUACUGCCCCACAGGCGAGUGGCUGGCGGUAGGGAUGGAGAGCAGCAAUGUGGAAGUCCUGCAUGUCUCCAAACCUGACAAGUACCAGCUGCACCUCCACGAGAGCUGCGUCCUCUCUCUCAAGUUUGCAUACUGUGGAAAGUGGUUUGUCAGCACAGGAAAAGACAAUCUGUUGAAUGCAUGGAGGACACCAUAUGGAGCAAGCAUUUUCCAGUCCAAGGAGUCCUCGUCUGUGCUGAGCUGCGACGUCUCUCCAGACGACAAGUACAUAGUGACGGGCUCUGGGGACAAGAAGGCCACUGUGUACGAAGUGGUUUAUUAAGGAAUAGGAGGACAUGGGAGACAACAGGAUGGAGGGUUUUGUUUAAUUUUUUUCUUUUUUUGAGGAACUUAUGCAUCCACUUCACCUGAUCCUCUACAUUAUCAACACCACCACCCUCGCCUUCAUCUUCUUGAAUCAUCAACCCUAAAAUUUCAUCACUGCCCUCUUGUUUUGCUGUAAUAUAAGCUGCUGUAGUUGUUCCCAAAUGUACCCACACCCUCCCCUUCCUCCACCCAGUUUACGCUCAUUGAAUGUGGCAUGAUAGCAGAGAGAGACAGAGAGAGGCAGAAUAAGAAACAGCAAGAUAAGGAAGACAAAGGGAAGAGGGUGGUGGAGUGUAAAGAUAAAGUUGUGAUGAGAAAAGGGGGAAAAACGAGUAGAGAGAGCGAUAGUGCGGAAGGAGGAGAAAUUAAAUGGGGGGUGGUGGGGGAAGGUAUGGUAAUCAGGGCUGUUUCCUGAUUAAGAGCUCAGUGGAAGGGAGGCCCCCAGAGGAGGUGCGGAGCGGCACUGUGGGAGCGGCAGCCAGGAGCACUGAUACCACACAAUCGAUUCAUUAGCCAGACAGUGGAGGCCUUAAUGAGGCUGACGCUGAAGCUCUAUCUCCCCAGCGAGAGGUGUCAGGAGCCGGGGAACGAUGACGCUGCAAGAUGCUUCAGAUUUCCACAUAAACUGACAUGAAAACCCGCUCAGAAGCACAGAGCCGAGAGUACAAACACUCCGUUACAUCCCCCCGCGUCUUGAGGUAAACGUGAGACGGGAAGGAAACACACACAACACACCGAGCACCCAAUUAAACAUUCAUCCCAGCGCCUUCCCGUCUUUCUGCCAAAUAUCUAUUUUAUUUUGGUCUGACAAAAGCUGCAGCCUAAUGAGCAGGGGAGUCGAUGGGAUUCUCCCAGGGCCCGGAGACACAAACGGAGAACAUCAGCCGAUCCGUUGCCUCCAAUUCCUCCGGAUUGUUCUCCUGACAUCCAGCGCCGCACUCACUCUCAUUAAAAGGCGCUGUCAGCUAGAUGAAGUAGCAGCACACCAAGCUCACUGUGAGGCACACUAGAGGGCAAAUUAGCACCAUGCGAUUACACCAUCAUCAGUAGCUAACUAAGCAGUGACUAAUCCAAUUCCUUUCAAAUUUUAUGCAACUAGUUGCAGUUUUCAUUUCCACACCAGUCUCCAUCUCCAUCUCUGCAUACCUGCUCUGUCUAAAUCUUGUUAUAUAAGCUGUUGAUUUGAUUAAAUUAUAAGAAAAACACCUUAAUGGCAUUCAAAAAUCUAAAUGACUGCACCACUCUCAUGUCUGUAAACUAAGUGUCAAGUUGGCUAAGACUGAAAAAAGAGGGGGACUAAGCAGCUGUUUGUUAUCUGAGUGCAGCACACUGUGUCCAACAAGUGCUCCUAAGAUCACCAAUUAAAACGCUGUAUCUUGUUUGUUUGAUCCUUGGAAAUGCCAGAGUGUGAAAAUAAAUUGCCAGUUUUACAUGGUCUGAAACAGUUGCCGUGGCAACAGGUGGCAUUGCAGGAAGUUUGUGAAUGUGUCCGAGCAAUAAGUCGGCACAAAAAGACCUCCGCGCGUCGCUUUUUAAACAGAUUUAAGAUGCUGCCGAUUACUGCAGCCGUAAUAAAAUUGUUCCCUUGUUCACCCAUAAGUUCAAUAUUUUCAAGAUAAAGGUAGCUGUUCAAUAUGUUCAGACCUACUCAAAUGACAUUAUAUCACAUAUUUAUGCACUAUAUUCCCAUUUAAUUUCCACACCAAUAAACACCAGAGCCUAAAUCUGAGGUCAUGGGCAGCGUGAUUUUGUUGUUUGCAAUUAUAAUCAACAUAAUCUUUCUUCAUAACACAGACACUGGAAAUGAGAACAAAUAGCACCCUCCACAUUUAUUGGCACCCCGGUAAUGAUGUGGUAAAAGCCUUUAAAAAAUCUUCUUUUUUUAAUCACAGCAACCUAUUAGAAUUUGCUUCAAAUUAUUACUUUUAAUUAGAGUUAUUUUCAUCCAAUAUAGAUCAAAUAGAAUCUCACCUUGAUAAUUGAUUGUUUUUUAUUAAAUCUCAGAAUAAAAUAUAAAAAUGCUCUUAAAGAAUUGGCAAUCCUAUUAUCAAUAAAAGUACUGCAUCAUGUUUCAAGGUAUAAUUUUGUGCCUCAAAGUUAUUCAAGGUGUUUAGAGAUUUCAAUUUAUAUAAAUGCAUGUUUCCCUGGGGUAUAGAUAUGAUGUGACACAUAGGCUCAGUUUUCUUAACCAAUCUUGUCUUACCCAAUUUGAAGAAAUUGGGUAAGACAAGAGAACAUGAUGUCUAAGUGAAGCAGAUGUGUGCUGAUCUUCAGAAGUCACAAAUGACAGCAAGAAAAAAACUACUAACCUCAACUUGUCCACAUUAAGUCAGAACAAUACCUAAAAAAGUUUAAAACAACUGGAACUUUGGCAGAAGACCAAUGAUUAACUGACCACGCAUGGAGGGGGAUGGUCAGUGGGUAAAUCUUGGUCACUGUUAGAAAACUGCUGAGAAUUCUUUAAAGGGAAAAUGAAAUCAAAUUUGAAGAAACUGCAUGAAUAUCAUUUAGUGUAAAAAUUCUACGAAACAUUCCAGAGACACAUUUUAAGGACCUAAAACGUGUAUAACUUGUUUGAGCAGUUUUGUCAAUAACUGCCUAAAUGGGAUGAUUAUGGGGGACGGAGUUGCUUUCCUGGAUUGAUGACGUUACUGGUGCCGACACCAGCUCCAAAGGAACACUGAAGAACCAAAAGCACUCUUACUUUCCAGUUGUUUAUUAGUAAAAACAGAAGAAGCCUUUUUGGAAUACCACCAGAAGACUUCACAUUAAUGUUGGCUUGAAUUUGAAAGGCUCCUAUUCCAAAUGGUUGCUGCAUAACCACAGGUAAUUCUCACGUUGGAGCUUACAUAUCCAAAUCUGUGGAAGUAUUUUUAUCCUUCGGGAAGUUGAAAAAUUAAACUCCACUAAUAUUAUCUGGCCAUUCAACAAUUAAUUGCAACAUAUUGAACCAUGUUGCCCCUGCAGUCAUCCACUCGCUGUUGAAUGGCUGUAUGCCACUUAUCCUUGCUACUGAUUAUGUCACACAUCCGUGCGGUUAACGAAAAUGCAGAAAACACAGAGAGAACUUUUUCAAUAUUUAAUUCUUAAAAUCAAGUUAGUACAAUUUGUUUUAUUUGAUAAAUUUAGAACAAGCAUAUUUAAUGUUUUUCUUUGAACUAAUGUUAGCUUUAAAAUACUUUCCAUUUCCCUUUUAAUGCGAAAUGAUGCUACUGCAGUAAAAGAUGAGUUUAUUCCAAGAUCUUUUAAUCAUCGUUUCCAGAAGUGUCAGUAAGUGUGGAAGGUGAUGUUAAUCACAUAUUAGUCAUAUUUUUGGCAUGCAUCGUAAUUUAUAUUUUAUCAAUUACCCAUGUAAUAGAUAAAAUAUACCUACCUCAGAAAAAAAAACUGUUGAUUGGUCUCACUUUUUAUGCUGCGGUUCGCAACAUAACUUUAACCUCUAAUGCUGUUUAGAUUUGACAACUAAUGAUUUAAAUAUGCCUUCAGUACACAUUUUCUUCAUAGCCUCUAAAAGCCUAUGGCUCAAACUGAAGGGAAGAUAAAUCACUUCACAAUUUAGACAUUUUGAAGUAUUUCUGCGCUUGGGAUGUUGAGUAUUUUUAAGAAGCCUAAAAUUCCCAAUUAUUAGCAGCCUGAGCUUAUAAAGCGCGUUAGCACUGGCACGCUUCAUCAGCCCAGGCUGCAGUCCAUUAAUGUAUUUUCUGUAGAAAAAGCCUCAGUUGUACUUUACUUUUUGUGUGCCACCACACAUUUCUAGAGCAUGACAAAUUGGAGUUGAAAUUUUUAAGUCCUCUACAAAAUGCUGGAGUAAAUGAUUUAGCAAUUUAAUCACAGCUUUGUGGAACUUUCGGAGACUAUAUUUCGGGGCUGUUCAGUCUAGUGGUGCGUUUGAUUUGUACUCAGAAGAAACUUUUUGGAUUUAUGAUGGUUUGUACUUCAUUAAAUUAGUGGCACACAGUACUAUACAAUCUCUUUCUUUAGGAUUUCUAUGCAUAUUAUAUUAAAUUGUAUUGCUAAUAGUACUAAGUUCUGUCAUUGACCACAACAAUUAACAAUUCCCACUAGUUGUGAGACUUGCAAACACUCAACUUUAGUGUGACGUCAUUUUCAGUCCCAUGUUCAGACUUCUAAGGCAAAUUGAAAGCGGCAGAAGACAUUUGGUGUAAAAUCUUGCUCUACAUACUUUUCACAUGUGGACAACACAAUUUUAAGAACGUUGAGGCGUGAAAAGACAAAACAGAACUAAGUUGCAAACAUUUGUGUUUUCAAACCAACUAGGAGGGACUCAACCACUGCUUUUUUGGCCUCUGGAAAACCGUUUUGAAUGGGUCAGGAGUUUUAGUUUUGAUUUCACCAAUAAAACUGAGGGCUGAUGUUUGAACAGGGGCAUAGGCUAGUUUUGAUUUGUUUUCAGAAUGCGCUAAAAGCUAACCACAUUUAUCUUACAAACUAGUAUGGUAAUAACGUUUACAUCCAAGUAUUGAAAAUAAUUCAUUUGAAGAUUUUUUUUUACUUUUCAAACCUCAUAUUCUAAAUCAAGAAGAAAACUAUGUCAGAGCUCUCUGCUUCUGUGGAGCACAUGAAAAAAAAAAAAGACACAUUUCAAUUUCUUCUAUUAAUUCACUCCAUUUCAUGAUUUUUAUGACUAGUGAUUGCUUGUCCUAUAUGAUACUAUGUUUAUGUACUCGGGUUUCCUGUGGCUUGUUUGGGGCUCAGGGGGAAUCCAUACGCAUGGAGAUAGAAAAUCAAGGGAAAACAGGAGGGAUCAAUGGCUAUUUUUCUGUUUUUUUCAUGCUUGUCAGACAGAGGGUGUACAGUAUCAGCAAUCCUGUAUAUAAAAAACAUACCAAGAACUCCACUGUUUGCUGUUAAUACUUUAUUCUCCCUUUGCAAAAGUGGUAAUAAGCGUACUUGAGUCUGUUUUUUAGCCCUUAUGUUGUUUUCAACUCCUACUUCUGUUGGUUCUCAUCUAUAUUCCGCAGGCACUAAAGAUUAGCUAUGGAGGAGGCUCCACUUUCACUGCAUGCUUGUUGCACUAAAGCUCAUCUGCUCAAAAUAAAAAUCAUAUUUUAUACAGUGGGGAUCCUUAAUGAUCCUCGUUUCAGAAAAGAAUGAAUGGCAGUAUGCAAUUUUGUUUACCUGUAUUCAAUGUUAGCAAGAUUUAUCUGUUUUGCAGCUGCAGUCCUGAAGCAGAAUAUAAGAAUCAUGAGGGCCUUCUGCAAUGGCUGACGUACCAGCAGAGUCAGAGAUGCUCUGUACAACUUCCUGCCUUGGCCUGCCUCUUUUUUUCUUCUUCUGUCCAACAGCCCCAGGUAGCCAUAAAUGAUUCUCACAUACACGAGCUUGUAUACUACUCAAAACAAUGCUGUAUAAUGGCUAUGCAUAUGGUGGUUUAGCGUCAGUAUUUGGGACAUUGUAUUUGAUACUCCUUUUGAAUUAACAUUUCCCUGCCCUUCCUGUGCUUCUGUUCCUACAAUGUAAAAAAAACAAAAACCUUUGAUCGUUUUGUUUUCUUGCUCAUGUUAACUUUUCUGUUUUGGAAAGCCAAGGAACCUUUUUUUUUUUUAAAUGCACUGUGUCUUCCCCUCCUGAUGCGUUUUUUUCCCCUUGUGCUGUACAACAAAUGCUAUCUGUGAAGAAUAAACCAAACUUGUGCUCAUC